AUGGCACAAAGACAUGGAACAAACCCAUGGAUUGACUCAUUCUCUAGACGUAUGGAUGAAGAACUGGGAAAUGAAGACAGGUGGACAUUAAAUUUCAAUUAUAAACUUGAAAACGACUUAAAUGAAUCGCAGAGAAAAGAAGGUUGGAAAAUAUAUAUAACAUCAUCAUUUGGCAGGUUCAAUUGUUCUUGUUCAAACUCAUGGACCUCAGCACACGUCGUUAUUUUGUUUCAUUACAGACUAAGAGACAGGCGAGGAUUAGUACUGCUGCGUCUAUUCCGACAGCAAUGCCGAGACUGCUACAACCCUUAUCAGCAUAAACCAACCAUCAGACAAAAGGAAAUGCAGAAAGUAUUUGAUCGAUUUAUUUUAAAAAUCCGUAAAAAUUGCUACAUGGAAACAGUAACUCUGACUGAAAGGAAGUUACAAUAUCGCAAGACUAAACCCCAUCAGACAUCAUUGUGUGAGGCCUGUGCAUUGGGCAUGUGUUGUUUCUCAGAUUGAUGUGGCUGUCUGAGUUACAUCUGGAGUAGAGCUUCCACUUUUGAUGAAACAGAUAAAUUGUGACCAAGAAGGAAGUAUUUGAGCAUCACAAAAAAUAAAACCUUCUUAGAGCUAGCACAAUCAUGAAAGAAGAUAAUUGUGUAUUUUAUUUUAAUUAAACACUGCUGUUUCACAUA